AUGGCACCGCCCAGGAGGGGCUAUGUUGCGUGUCCUCACGCUGCUUGCCGCUAUCAGUGGAAUUGGCGUAACCAUUCGAAGUGUUGGAAGUGCGGCGGCAACCUCAAGCCAUCGCCCAACGACACUGGAGGCAAGGGCAAAAGCAAAGGGAGAUGGGACAACGGGACUCCGCUUUCUGCCACCAGCCCCUUCGCUUCGUGGGGCGCAGGCGCAGCAUGGGCUCAAGAUGGACAGUGCACCACCGCCGCCACCGCCCUGGACGGGCCCUCGCCGUUCGCACCCACGCCUGAGCAGCCCCUCGGCGCCUUGGAGCGCAGGCUGCCUCCUGAGGCAGCAGGCGACAUGGGGGCCCACCUCAGCGCGUUCGCCGCGGCCCUGCAGACGCCCUCGCCCGACAAGGACAAGAAGCACAAGGUUCAGAAGCCGCGCCCUGAACUUGAGCGCGAGCAGGAACUACACCAGUCAGCAGUCGCAGCCCGAAAGGCCCAAGAGGCCCUCGACAAAGCCAUCAUCUUCGAGGAAGAGUGCAAGGAGUGGCUGCAGAAGGCCCCCAUGGACCUCCAGCAGAAGGUCCAGGCCGCUGCCGCCACAGCAGUCGCCCACCAGCGACUGCUACGCAGCAGCUUGGAGGCCCAGCCGCCGCCGCCGCUCCAGCCCACGGCGAUCAACCCCACGGCCAUCCUGGAGACCACGGAGCCCGAGGAGCUGGGCAAGUUGGUCUGCUUCGAAGAUGGCGACCUCUUCUCGCCUGGCGACCUGGAGCUGGAGCAGGAGGAGAUCGAGCAGUGGAAUCGCCACAAGUCGGAGCUGGCCGCCGAGGUCAGCAAACUUAUCGUCGCCGCCGUCGGCCCCUCAUCACAAGGGCUGGCUCAGAGGUGGCAGGCCUUCGCCGACUACCGCGCCCGCAUGGCGCACAAGCGGCGUCGCACGGCAGCCGGCGCUGCCCCCGAGCAAACCCCCCCAGAGCCCUCGCCUGAGAACAUCGCCAAGACGCUUGCUGAGGCGCGAGCCAGGCGCGAGGCCUCCAAG